CUCGGACUCGGUCGGACCGAAUGCCAGUAUUGUAUCGUCUCUUUCCUUCUAUUUCAUCAAGCUUCGGCCUCUUAUGUGAAAAACCUAACCAGAGAAUGGACACACAACCACCGUCACCACCGCCGGCGCCGCAAUCGCAACUGCAACAGCAACCGCCACCACCUUCACGGACAUUGACGCCACCGCAGAUCAUCCGAACAAUUACCACCCUUCUUACUGCCGAAAACCCCUCACUGAGCACGCUCACCGAAUUCGUCCCCCACCUGACGCCACCGCUCGUUCACUCCGUCCUCUCCUCCGAAACCGUAGCCUCCCGCCCCAACACCCUUCUUUCCUUCUUCCGAUGGGCCAACCACCACAUCCCCCAAUUCCACCACCACCCUGAACAGGCCCUCCCUUCUCUCCUCACCCUCCUCGCCUCCCUCUUCCGCUACAACAAAUUCACCGACGCCAAGUCCCUUCUUGUCGCCUUCAUCGCCGUCGACCGCCACCACGACCUACACCGCUCGCUCCUCCACCCCGCCCGGUCCCUCCCCCGCCCCUCCAAGGCCCUCCUCGACACCGCCAUUGGUGCCUACGUCCAUUUGGGCAGCCCCCAACUCGCCGUGCAAGUCUUUAAGAAGAUGAAGCGGCUCCGGCUCCCUCCUAAGUUGCUCACUUUCAAUACCCUCCUCAAUUCGUUGGUAAAGUAUCCGUCUUCUAGAACGUCUUUACUCUGUACAGAAGUAUUUUCUGACGCCGUUAAGCUUGGUGUUACGCCAAACACAAAUACUUUUAACAUAUUGAUUAAUGGGUAUUGCUUGGAAAAUAAGUUCAAAGAUGCAGUGAAAUUGUUGGGCCAAAUGGAGGAAUAUGGUUGUUGUCCUGAUAAUGUAAGUUAUAAUACCAUACUGGAUGCACUUUGUGGGAAAGGUCGGUUAAAUGAAGUUCGGGAUUUGUUAAUAGAUAUGAAAAGUAGAGGAUUGGUUCCGAAUAGGAACACUUAUAAUAGUCUGGUUUAUGGGUAUUGUAGAAUGGGGUGGUUGAGGGAAGCGGCUAAGGUGAUUGAACUGAUGACACAAAACAAUUUGUUGCCUGAUGUUAGGACGUAUAAUAUGUUAAUCAAUGGGUUGUGUAAUGAGGGAAGGAUUGAAGAAGCUUUUCGAUUUCGAGAUGAGAUGGAGAACAUGAAGUUGUUGCCUGAUGUUGUUACCUAUAAUACAUUGAUAAAUGGGUGCCUUGAGUGGAAGAAUGGUUCAAAUCCAUUCAAGCUACUUGAGGAAAUGAAAGAGAAAGGGCUUGAACCAAAUGUUGUCACACAUAAUAUAAUAGUUAAAUGGUAUUGCAAAGGAGGGAAGAUGGAUGAGGCCAGUGAUGCUGUUCAAAAGAUGGAAGACAGUGGAUUUCUCCCAGAUUGUUUCACUUAUAAUACUUUGAUAAAUGGAUACUGUAAAUCUGGGAAUUUAUGGGAAGCCUUGAAGUUGAUGAAUGAGAUGGGUGCGAAGGGUCUGAAAAUGGAUAAUGUAACCCUUAAUACUGUCCUUCACAUUCUUUGCGAGGAGAGAAAACUGGAUGAUGCUUAUGGCUUACUUAAUGGUGCGAGCAAGAUGGGUUAUGCUGUUGAUGAAGUAAGCUAUGGUACUUUAAUUGUGGGAUACUUCAAGGUUGAAAAUGUGGACAAAGUGGAGGAACUAUGGGAUAAGAUGAAAGAGAAAGAUAUAAUUCCUAGUAUUGUCACUUAUAACUCUCUUAUUGGAGGGUUUUGCAAAUUAGGAAAAAUGGAGCAAGCAAUAGCUAAGCUGAAUGAAGUAUUAGAAAAUGGGUUGGUUCCAGAUGAAACAACAUAUAAUUCAAUUAUUCAUGGGUACUGCUGGGAGGGAAAUGUCGAGAAAGCUUUCCAGUUUUACAGUCAAAUGGUCGAGAAUUCUUUUAAGCCUGAUGUCUUUACGUGUAAUAUACUUCUCCAUGGGCUUUGCAGAGAAGGGAUGCUAGACAAAGCUAUAAAGCUUUUCAACACAUGGAUCUUGAAAGGGAAAGCUAUUGAUGCAGUGACUUACAACACAUUGAUAACAGCCCUAUGCGAAGAAGGGAGAAUUGAGGAUGCUUUAGGCCUUGUUUCAGAGAUGGAAGCAAAGAAACUGGGGCCUGAUCAUUAUACCUAUAAAGCAAUCCUUGGUGUGCUUGCAGAUGGAAGCAGGAUCAAGGAAGCAGAGGAUUUGAUGGCAAAAAUGGCGGAAAUGGGAUUGUCAUAUGACCCAUCCUUACAUCUUGAUAGUGAAACAGUGGAGAAACUGGAUUCAAUCUCUACAGCUUAUUCAGAACAAAUAAACAAGCUUUGUGCUGAUGGAAAAUUUGAGGAAGCAAUGCAUAUUUUUGUUAAAUUGAAACAGGAGGGUAUUACUGUAACUAAAUCUUCUUAUAUUUCUUUGAUGAAUGGACUCUUCAAACAAAAAAAAAAGAGAUGUCAACAAGAAUCUGUUGUAGAAAAUCCAUCCUUAGGCUUUCUGCUCUAGAAUGUCUGGUGGGCUGGCAUUGUUGCAUGUGUUGAAUGAGCUCAGAAGUAAUUCAAUCAGCCGGGGACAAUCUGUAACCCCACACAACCAGCUGAGGACAAGGUGAAAUUUUGAAGCCUUAUUUUGGCUAACGCCACAUGCUUUUUGGAAGUCAUGGUCCUUAUUUAUAGGGUGAUGCCAUUCUAGGAGGUCUUAAUCGUGGGGUGAAAAACCUGCUACUUGAUAUUUGAAUGGUGGGAGCAACUUAUUAUUUGAUGAAAUGCGGGCAUUCUUCUCCACUCAAUUCAGAUGGAUCUCCAGGUUAUCAUGGCAUCAAAGAAUCAUGCCCAAUUGUCAUAGCACUCAGACUCAGCAAUGCAGAAGGCCAAUGGGAAAAUCCCCUUGUUGCCAUCAAGUGCCACCGCUGACAAUAAAACUCCCCCAAAAGGCCCUUUCAGGUGGCAGCCAUCAACACCAAAGAAAGGCCUUCAGCCUUCUAAAAACCCAGGUUUCCAGAACUCUUUCCCUUGUACUUUGCUUGAAAAGCACCUUCGGUAGCUUCAUCACCUCUCAUUGAGACCCUUUGCUCCUGUGCAUGAAGCUUGCUGGUUAACUCUACAAUCGUGAGACUUGUGCAAGUCACAAGAUUCUUCAAUUGCAGAUAUCUUGGCUUCAAACUUUUGAGGAGGUGGUGCAGGCAAGGCGGGCUGCGCCCAUGUGAAGCCAUGGUCUCAUACAAAUAGCCUUUUCUCAUGAAGAGAAGUUCGAAGCCAAACUCGUUGAGCAUACGACUCGACGCAAGAUUUUUCCUAACUUCUGAUUGGUGGCGUACGCAUCACUAAAGAGAAUUAACUUGUGUUUUAGGCCAUUAAGAGUUAAAACAUUUUACCAAAAAGUGUAUUCUAAGUCUGUUGUGCCUUUUGCCUUUUUCUUUCUACGGUAGCUGUAUGCCCUCGUGGACAUUAGGAUGCUUUGGUUCAACUGGUUCCUAGAUCUCGGAAAAACCUCUUUCCUUGCAUGCAUGCAUUUUGGCUGCUCCAAAGUCUCAUUUGUCCUGCUUGAAUGGUCUUGGUGUGUUGACUAUAGCGAUCUCUCAAAUUAGUUAAGGACUGAGGAGAAAAUGCAUUUUCUUCUGCCAUCUUCCAAUCUUGUAGCCAUCUCUUAAGAUUACAUACAAGACUGUAAAUUCUCCAAGAUUAGCUAUGCUUAAGUAAAUUUGCUGGUAAUGCUAUCAAGAGAUGUGCCUUUUAGUCCCUCAAUUAAAAUUUUCAUAUU